UGAGGGGAGUGUAUGUUUUCUUUCGCCUGUUGUGUUGACGACCUUCCUCUCCAACGUUUCUUUGCAGACUAUUGCACAAAAAAACAUGUCUUUUAAACAGGUCAGCACGUCGUUAAGCCGCACAAUAUGGACAACAGGAGGAAACCGAAAUCUUGCCAGACCCCCAAAACUAAACGGCGUAAAUUUAACUCGCGCGGUGAGCACCGGGCGGCUCGUGCAGAGCCACGACGGCACAAAAGAACAAACAAGUUAUUUGAGUGAGGCGAGUAGCGACGGGCCACAGUGCAGCCAGCCGACCCUCGGAGCCUCCACUGCGGCAAGGCAGCUAUCAGAGGAGCCCGCUGGCGCCUCGGGUGUGACUGGCGUGAGACGACAGUCAUUCACAACCAACGCAGCUCCAGUCGACCAAAAGUCUUACCUUUGGGCUCGUUAUAAUGACCUGAGACGUAUGGUACACGAGCUCAUUCCACCAGGCGCGUGCAAAUCCCUCAACUCUUCCACUAUCUACGCCAACAAUGAGGUCAGCCUGGCCGAAGUGGACAUCUACGGCUUUGACUAUGACUACACGCUGGCUCUGUAUUCCAAUGCACUAAAUACAAUGAUUUACAACACAGCCAGGGACUUUCUUGUUGAACACUUCAAGUACCCUGCUGGUAUCCUCAACUAUGAUUACAUUCCCAACUUUGCAACACGGGGGCUUCACUAUGAUAUUCAAAAGGGUCUUCUGAUGAAGAUUGAUGCUUUCCAUUACAUUCAAGCAGGAACAGUAUACAGGGGUCUGCAGCCAAUCCCAGACGAGGAGAUCCUCCAGCUCUAUGGGGGAACUUACCACAUCCCCCUGCAGCAGGAUAGUGGCUUCUAUGGAAAGGGCCCUAAGGUGAGGCAGUUUAUGGACAUCUUCUCUAUCCCAGAGAUGACACUCUUGGCCGUGGCAAAUGAUUUUUUCAUCACCAACGACAUUGAUUAUGAUCCGGUUCAUCUUUCCAAAGAUGUGUCCGAAGCGAUUGGCAUGGUUCACCUUAAAGGCUUAAUGUACAAAUGGAUCAUGGAAGACCUUGACAAGUACAUUCUCAGAGGAGAAGAGACAGAGGCAGUUUUGCACCGACUUGUCAGUCACGGAAAGAAACUCUUCCUCAUCACAAACAGUCCCUUCAGUUUUGUGGAUAAAGGAAUGACGCACAUGGUGGGAAAGAAGUGGAGGGACUUCUUCGACGUCAUCAUUGUGCAGGCAGACAAACCUCACUUUUUCACUAACUGUAUCAAACCCUUCAGACGCCUAGAUGGGAACGGAGAUCUUCGGUGGGAAAAAAUCAGCAGUUUGGACAAAGGGCACAUCUACAAACAGGGAAACCUGUUUGACUUUCUCAGGUUGACUGGCUGGCGAGGGUCAAAAGUUCUUUACUUUGGAGACCAUCUCUACAGCGACUUGGCUGACUUGAUGCUGCAACAUGGCUGGCGUACAGCCGCUAUUGUACCGGAACUGGAAGAUGAAACCAAAGUUGUAAGCACAGAACGGUAUGCCCUCAGCCUCACGUGGCUCCAGGCCCUCACCGGCCUGAUGGAGCGAUUACAGAUACAUCGUGACGCAGGGUCUAAACAAGUUUUUGAUGAAUGGCAGCAGGAGCGAGAGGAACUCAGGGUGAUGACCAAGAACUUGUUCAACCCUCAGUUUGGCAGCAUCUUCAGAACGUGCCACAACCCCACGUACUUCUCCAGACGCCUGUCUCGCUUCUCAGACGUCUACAUGGCCUCCCUCAGCUGUCUUUUGAACUACGACCUCUCGUACACCUUUUACCCACGUCGCACCCCUCUGCAGCACGAGGCUCCGCUGUGGAUGGAUCAACUGUGCACCGGCUGCCUGAAAACACCUUUUCUGGAGGAGAUGUCUCAAAUUCGAUGAGCUCCAGAGCACAGAUAGGUUUCACUUUUUGCGAUUUGGUUGACGCUUGGUUGCCCUGUAUGACAAACAUAUGUGGACUGGGGUACAAUGCUCUACAUCAUGUCCAGUUUAGUUAAUAAAGUAGACGGAGCAGUCUGGACUGCUUUAGAAUUGUUCUUUCUUUUACGCACAAUUAGCUUUUUACCUUCGACCGUGCAUGUGCAGUUCAGUUUUUCAACCAGCAGCCAUUUACCUCUUACUAUGUGUCUGUAGCAUGUACAUGAAGGAACAUGUUAGCUUUGUAUUUUUGAUUUGCAAGUGUAUUGCUGUGGUCAAUCAACUCUUAGUGUUUGUUCCCACAGGUGUUUAUUAUUAAAGGCCUACUGAAA